AUGAAGUGUUGGGUUUUCAUUUGUUUGCUAGGCAUUGCCACCACAUCAGCUAAACCUUACCAUCAUCAGCUGAGAUCAGACGAGAAUGAAAGUAACAGCAAAGAAUCAGGGGAACAGGGAGAGGUAGAUAUUAAUAAAUGCCUUCAACCCUCUGUACCUGGAGGCAGUCCUCCGCCAGGAUGUCCAUCCCAACCUCCACCCAAGCACAAACCAUCACCACCGCCCGAAUGUCCACCAACACCGCCUCCAGGUGAAGAAGGAAAGUAUCCACCACCACCACCAGGAUGUCCACAACCAACGCCACAACAAGAUCGCAGACAAAAUGGAAACAGUCAAUCACAAAAGGACAAACCAUCACCACCGCCCGAAUGUCCACCAACACCGCCUCCAGGUGAAGAAGGAAAGUAUCCACCACCAGGAUGUCCACAACCAACGCCACAACAAGAUCGCAGACAAAAUGGAAACGGUCAAUCACAAAAGGACAAACCAUCACCUACGCCACAACAGCAGCAGCAAAAUCGUCAACGAGAGAUCAAUGGUUUUCUCAAUGCUCUUGAAAGAAUACUUAUUGAUGACGAAUAG